AUGUUCGCCAACCGUCUUGCUUCUUCCACCCGUACCCUUCCCAAACUCGCCAGGAGCAUGUCGACCGCCAACCCCGGUAACCCCGUCUACAUUGUCGGCGCCAAGCGCACCCCCAUCGGCUCGAAGGAUGGUGCUCUGAAGCCCCUCACUGCCCCCGAGCUCGGUGCCGCCGCCGUCAAGGCUGCUCUCGCCGAGUCCAAGGUCCCCGCCGACAAGGUCGAGGAGAUCUACAUGGGCCACGUCGUCCAGGCCGGCUGCGGCCAGUCGCCCGCCCGUCAGGUCGGUAUCGCCGCUGGCCUCCCCGAGGCCUGUGACGCCACGACCAUCAACAAGGUCUGCGCCUCUGGUCUCAAGACGAUCACCAUGGCCUCGCAGGCUAUCCAGCUCGGCCAGCGCGACGUCAUGGUCGCCGGUGGAAUGGAGUCGAUGUCGAACGCCCCCUUCCUCCUCCCCCGCCAGCUCCCCGGCUUCGGUCACUUUGAGGGCAAGGACUCGCUCGUCGUCGACGGUCUCUUUGACGUCUACAACAAGUUCCCGAUGGGCAACUGCGCCGAGCACACUGCCAAGCAGCUCGGCAUCACCCGUGAGAUGCAGGACGACCACUGCCUGAGCUCGUACGAGCGUGCUCAGGACGCCUGGGAGAAGGGCCUGUUCAAGGACGAGAUCUGCCCCGUCACGAUCAAGACCCGCAAGGGUGAGGUCACCGUCGACAAGGACGAGGACUUCAACAAGCUCCUCAAGGACAAGUUCCGUGGCAUCCGCCCCGUCUUCCAGAAGGACGGCACUGUCACGCCGGCCAACUCGUCGACGAUCAACGACGGUGCUGCCGCCGUCAUCCUCGCCUCGGGCGAGACCGUCGAGAAGGACGGCCUCAAGCCCCUCGCCAAGAUCCUCGGCUACGCCGACGCCGCCGCCGCCCCCAUCGACUUCCCCACCGCCCCCACCCUCGCCGUCCCCAUUGCGCUCAAGAACGCCGGUGUCUCCAAGGACGACAUUGCCCUCUGGGAGUUCAACGAGGCCUUCUCCGUCGUCGCCGUUGCCGCCGAGAAGGUCCUCGGCCUCGACCGCUCCAAGGUCAACACCCGUGGUGGCGCCGUCGCCCUCGGCCACCCCAUCGGAUGCUCCGGCACCCGUAUCGUCGUCACCCUCAUCCACGCCCUCAAGCCCGGAGAGAAGGGUGUCGCCGCCAUCUGCAACGGUGGUGGUGCCGCGACCGCCAUGGUCAUUGAGCGUCUCUAA